AGUGUCAUGGCGGAGACACUUUGCGCGUUGUGAAAAGUAUUCAAAAUUUGUAUCUGUUCGUCGUGUUUCAUUGAGUCAUUUACACUUACUGCUUUUCUUUGACUCUGUCCUACAACCCACCAAAAUGGCAUCCACUGCGGCAGGGAAACAGAGGAUACCUAAAGUGGCGAAGGUGAAAAACAAAGCUCCAGCGGAGGUACAAAUCACAGCUGAACAGUUGCUUAGAGAGGCAAAGGAGAGGGAGCUCGAGCUUUUGCCACCGCCGCCUAAACAGAAGAUCACCGAUGAAGAAGAGUUGAACGAUUACAAGUUGAAGAAGAGGAAGGGAUUUGAAGACAACAUCAGAAAGAAUCGAACUGUUAUCAGCAACUGGAUAAAAUACGCACAAUGGGAGGAGAGCCUGAAAGAAGUUCAGAGGGCUCGCUCCAUCUACGAGCGUGCUCUGGAUGUAGACCACCGGAACAUUGCCCUGUGGUUGAAAUAUGCCGAGAUGGAGAUGAAGAAUCGGCAGGUGAACCACGCUCGCAACAUCUGGGACAGAGCCAUCACCAUCCUGCCUCGCGUUAACCAGUUCUGGUAUAAGUACAGUUACAUGGAGGAAAUGCUUGGCAACAUUGCUGGCUGCCGACAAGUCUUUGAGCGCUGGACAGAGUGGGAGCCGGAAGAACAAGCGUGGCACUCGUACAUCAACUUUGAGCUGCGUUACAAGGAGAUCGACAAGGCCCGCUCCAUCUAUGAGAGAUUUGUUAUUGUUCACCCUGACGUGAAGAACUGGAUCAAGUAUGCCCGCUUUGAAGAGAAGCAUGGCUACAUAGCCCACGGGAGAAAGGUCUUUGAAAGGGCAGUGGAGUUCUUUGGUGAGGAGCAUGUUGACGAGAACCUCUUUGUGGCAUUUGCCAGAUUUGAGGAGAAACAAAAAGAGUUUGAGAGGGUUAGAGUCAUCUACAAAUACGCCCUGGACAGAAUCCCCAAGCAGCAGGCUCAGGAGCUCUUUAAAUUCUACACGGUGUUUGAGAAGAAAUUUGGUGACCGGAGGGGAAUUGAAGACGUCAUUGUCAGCAAGAGAAGAUUUCAGUAUGAGGAAGAAGUCAAGGCAAACCCACACAAUUAUGAUGCAUGGUUUGACUAUCUUCGCCUGGUGGAGAGUGAUGCUGACCCUGACACUGCCAGAGAAGUGUAUGAAAGAGCCAUCGCCAACAUCCCUCCUAUACAGGAGAAGAGGCAUUGGAGAAGAUACAUUUACCUGUGGAUAAACUAUGCUCUGUAUGAAGAACUGGAGGUUAAGGACCCAGAGAGAACAAGACAGGUGUACCAGGCCUGUCUAGAUCUCAUCCCUCAUAAAAAGUUCACAUUUGCCAAGAUGUGGUUACUUUACGCCCAGUUUGAAAUCCGCCAGAAGAACCUGCAAGCGGCCAGGCGGGGCUUGGGCACAGCUAUAGGUAAAUGUCCAAAGAACAAGCUGUUCAAAGGCUACAUUGAACUGGAGCUGCAGCUUCGGGAGUUUGACCGAUGCAGGAAGCUUUAUGAGAAGUAUUUGGAGUUUGCGCCGGAGAACUGUACCACCUGGAUCAAGUUCUCCGAGCUCGAGACCAUCCUGGGAGACACGGAGAGGGCUCGGGCCAUAUUUGAGCUGGCUAUUGGACAGCCGCGACUGGAUAUGCCGGAGGUGCUGUGGAAGUCGUAUAUUGACUUUGAGAUUGAACAAGAAGAGUAUGACAACACCAGAGGCCUCUACCAGAGACUGCUGCAGCGUACACAGCAUGUCAAGGUCUGGAUCAGUUACGCCCAGUUUGAGCUGUCGAUUGACAGUACGGACCAGCUGCAGAAGUGCAGGGCGAUCUUUGAGGAGGCCAACAAGGGUCUGAGGAGCUGUGAGGAGAAGGAGGAGCGCCUGAUGCUGUUGGAGUCCUGGAAGGAGUUUGAGCUGGAGUUUGGCUCGGAAACAACAAGGGAGAGAGUGAAGAAGCUGCUGCCGGAGAAGGUGAAGAAGAGGAGGAAGCUCACAGCAGAGGACGGGUCGGAUGCAGGGUGGGAGGAGUACUACGACUACAUCUUCCCAGAGGACGCUGCCAACCAGCCUAACCUCAAACUGCUCGCCAUGGCCAAGAUGUGGAAGAGACAGCAACACCAAGAGGACAAAGAAGAAGAAGAGGAGGAGGACGAUGACGAGGAAGAUGAGAAGGAAGACAACAAUGGAGAAGUGGACAGAGAUGAAUUGGAGAGAGGAAGGGUCAAUGAAAUGGAUCAAGAAGACAAAAAAAGAGUGGACGGAGAUGAAGAAAUGGGCGGAGAAGAAAAUGGGAGAGGGGAGAGCAGUAGAGACAAAGAAAUGUCAGAAGACCUGGCAUCACCAGAUAAGCCUGUGCUCAGCCAGUCUGUGCCUGAAAAAGACCCUAAGGAGAGCAGCUACGAUGACAGAGAUGAUUCCAAUGAAAGCAGCAGCAGCAGCAGCAGUAGUAGUGGCAGUAGUAGUAGCAGCAGUACUAGUGGUAGCAGCAGUAGUAGUGAGAGUGACAGUGAUGAGAAAGAGCCCAAAAAGAGCAAAAAAGAUGUAGUCAAAGAUUAACUUGCCUGGAUAACUUUCUUUUUAUUCAUGUCACAAUAAUGAAAGGUUGGGGAUCUCGUUGGUGAAAUGUAUUUUUUACACAAGAAAAAAAAAAUGUAUUUGUUAAUGUGAAUUUCAUGUCUUUGUUUGCUUCCUGAUGCAAUGACAUUGUAAAUACAAUACUUACAAAAACA